AUGACGACGCCGACGGCUACAGCCGCGCCCCUCACCGGGAUGGACAAGUACGAGGAGGUGCGGGACAUCGGGUCGGGAAACUUCGGGGUGGCCCGGCUGAUGCGCCACCGCGAGAACGACGGGCUCGUCGCCGUCAAGCUCAUCGAGCGCGGCCACCGGAUUGACGAGAAUGUGUACCGGGAGAUCGUCAACCACCGCUCGCUCCGGCACCCCAACAUCAUCCAGUUCAUAGAGGUGAUCCUGACACCGACACACCUUGCAAUCGUGAUGGAGUACGCGGCGGGUGGCGAGCUCUUUGAUCGAAUCGUCGAUCGCGGCCGGUUUAGCGAGGACGAGGCCAGAUAUUUCUUCCAGCAGCUGAUCUGCGGCGUAAGCUACUGCCAUCACAUGCAAAUAUGCCAUAGAGAUUUGAAGCUGGAGAAUGUUCUCCUGGAUGGUAGCCCGGCUCCCCGGCUCAAGAUAUGCGAUUUUGGGUACUCCAAGUCUUCAGUACUACAUUCAAGGCCCAAAUCUGCGGUGGGGACGCCGGCAUACAUUGCACCGGAAGUUCUUCGUCGCCAGGAAUAUGAUGGGAAGAUGGCAGAUGUAUGGUCCUGUGGGGUGACUCUCUAUGUCAUGCUUGUGGGAGCCUACCCAUUUGAAGACCCGGAUGACCCCAAGAAUAUUAAGAAGAUCAUUCAGCGGAUAGCAGCAGUCGACUAUACCAUCCCAGACAAUAUUCUCAUAUCUGCUGAUUGCAGACAGCUCAUUUCUCUUAUCUUUGUGAGCAAUCCAACGAAGAGAAUCACAAUGAAGGAGAUAAAGAGCCACCCAUGGUUCUUGAAGAACUUGCCGCGGGAGCUCACAGAGGAAGCGCAAGCAGACUACUACGAGAGGAGCAGCAGCGUGCCUUCUUUCUCGAAGCAAACAACCCAAGAGAUCAUGGAGAUUGUGCAAGACGCAAGGAAGAAGCCAAGAUCAAGCACAUCAGGCUAUGGCUAUGCGGACGAGUUAUCGGAUGAUGAGGAAAAGAACGCGAAGGUCAGUGUACCGGAACAAACUGACGAAGAAGAUGAGUGUGACAAGAAGGUUAGGGAGGUUCUUGAGAGCGGGGAGCUGGAUAUGAGCGUGUUGCACAUCUAA